AUACAUGGGACUCGGGAUUGGACUCUGGAUGAUCGCACCGCAUGUCCUCCUGCUCAGUCAGCCUUACCUAAGUAUACAUGUGGGUUGAAUAUAUAUGGUCCUCUUUUUUUCUUUUCUUUUUUGAAACAGAAUAUUGUCCUAAAAAAAUUACAGCUUUAUUUUGUAACAUUUGGACUGUCCCAAUUUUGAGAUUGUAUGUAGCCUUGUCAUUGGGUUAUAUUAAUAAAAAAAAUCAUGAAGAUAAAUGUAAACUAAGAAUUUUAACUCACUGUAAUAUAUUUUACAGUAGAUUUGUUACACGUGUUCUUCGUAGAUGGGAUAAGCUAAUCCAAAUUAAGUAUUUUUCCUGGUCAGAAUGCAUAUUAAAGUUUCGUCAUGAAAAAACAAAAAGUAAUUCAUAUUCAACGAAAAAACAAACUAACAAAUAUCUUUUCAAAAUUUCUUUCCAUGUAAUCACUUUCUUUGGAUGUAUUAUUAUUAUUUUCCUUUUGCAUUUAUUAUUUAGUUAUAUAUUUUCUCUACAUUUUAUGAUUUAACCAGAAAAGUCCAUUAAAAGGUAUUUUGUCAAUUAUAAGACUGAGACCAUGCAUACCGCUUAGGCGCUUAGCCUCUAUAUAAAUUGUUUACACUCAUCUGCUACAACAACACUCAGAGUUGAAUAAAAACAUAAAAAAUAGACCAAGAGAACAUUCUUCCGAUCAAUCAACGUCGGAAAAUGGCAAAUCUACCAGAUUCACUAUACGAGGAUUACAGUACAAGCAAGUUGACGUUGCCAUCUGCUUCUUCCUUUGCUCCAACCACCACUGUCGUACCUUUUCCGGACAUGGACACAAUUAUCCAGUGGAUCAAUGAUCUUCAUAAUGAGAUUCCAUUUGUCUCUAAUUCCGCGCUCCAAAACCUUGUCACUCAUAGGAACACUUAUGAGAUCUUGCCGCUGCUAUUAUGGAAAUCUCCUUGUACAAUGACCAUGAUGUUGCAGGAGAUCGUGAAAAUCUACCCACACAUCUCAACUCCAGUACACUCUCGGGAGGGGAAGCCACCUCGAGCGUACAAUAUUCUGCUUUUGUUCCAGUGCAUAGCUCAUUAUCCGGAGACAAGAGGCUACUUCCUUAAGGCUGAGAUGCCACACUACUUAUUUCCUUUGAUGGACAUCAAUCUCACCGACAAGCCUAUCGAAUGCUUAAGGCUUGGUGCAUUGGGUGUCCUUGCUCAUAUGUUGAAGGCGGUACAUACAGUAGUAUCCUUCUCUUUCACAGCAUAUAUUUUUGUCACAAAAAGACUUAAUAUUAUUUUGAACAUCUCACUUGUCUUACAGCCUAUAGACGGAGCUGCUGUUCGUUUCCUUAUGGACAAUGGUGCUUUACGUUAUUGCACCAAAGCUAUCGAGAUUGGCUCUACAGAGUCAAAGACAGUUUCUGUGUUUAUAUUGAACAAGAUUCUGUCAACUAAUGAGGGGCUUCAGUACUGCUGCGUCUUGGCUGAUCGUUUUUUCCUCAUAGACGGUCUCCUGAAAAAGCUGCUUGUGUAUCUUUCUUCCAUGACCAACCCUUCUCCCAGCUUGUUCAAUCUUAUUGCUGGUUGCUACGCCAAGCUCUCCCAGAAGCCCAGAGCUCGUGAGGGGUUAUGGCGUUUCCCUCCUGUCAUGCUGCUCAACGGAACCUUCGCCAGUUUAUUUGCUGUAAGAUUGGAACUCUUUCUUGAGCUCUGUAUGGAUUUGGUCAAGAUUCAGAUUGUUUUUGUGUGUGUGUUUUUACGCAGGAGGACCCAGACGCUGUUAACUACCGUAAGCAGCUGAUUCGGAACAUGCAAAGCAAAGUUAUGAAGUAGCAGAAACACACAGUUUUACUCCAGCGUGACGCUAAGUAAUAACUAAGAAGACAGAAAAGCUAUGUUCUUGUUUUGGUUUACUCUCUUCUUCAGAUGACUCUUUUUUAUUAUCUUUCAGCAUUGUUUUUCUCUCUUUUGGGAUACAUUUGAACCCUUUUUCUAUCUUCUUCUCCUUUCAAGUAUUUUAUAUUUUGAUUUCUCUCCAGAGGGAGAAAGGAUUUGCUUAAUUUGCAACUUGAUGGUUGAUACUGCU